GGCGGUGCUGCAGGCGGCAGCGGGGGCAGCAUCAGCGAUGACAACGCGGGGGCCGAGGAGGGCGGUGGGGACGAAGCCGAUGACUGCGGCGGCGACGACGAUGGGGAGGAGGGCGCGGAGGAGCUGCUGAGGGGAUGUUCGCUGGUGGUGGGUCUGCAUCCCGACCAAGCCACCGAGUCCAUCCUAGACUUCGCGCUAGCCCUCGGCAAGCCCUUCGCCAUCGUGCCCUGCUGCGUCUUCCCGCGACUCUUCCCGCACCGCCGCCUGAGGCUACAACCACCGCUGACGUCAGCUCCUCUGCCGACGGAUCCCCCAACGGACCUCCCGGAUGCGGCUGCGACCGGCUCUGAGGUGGCUGCUGCAGCCAAGUCGGAAAGCAGCAGCGGCAACAGCAACAGCAACAGCAGCGGCAGCAGCAAUGGCAACACCAAUGGCAGCGGCAGCGGCGGCGGCGGCGGCGGGUGGGUACCCGUAGAGAGCUACCCCCAGCUGCUGCAGUACCUGGUGCAGAGGGCCGCGAUGUACGGCAGUGAGGACAAGGGGACGAAUGUGUACGACAGCGGAGGCAACGGGGCGAAGAUGUACGACAUCGAGGACAAGGGGGCGGCGGGGUUGCAGGGCAGUGGAAGCGAUGCUGGUGGUGCUGGUGUUGCCGGACCUCCAAGUGGCAGUAGCGGCGGCAGCGCUGGCAGCUACGGGUGUCCGGUUGAGGAGGAUGGGAGCAGGGCGCAGCCCGUGAGGCCGCAGCAGCCCAGAUGGCGGCAGCUGCAGCAGCUCUGGCUGGCAGCGCGUGAGUCGGCAGCGGCGGCAGCGGGAGACUGUUCAACAGCAGCAACAGGUGCAGCGGCAGCAGCGGCGGGUCGGACCGGGACUGGGACGGUAAGAACAACUACUGAGGCAGCAGCAGAGGCAGCAGCAGAGGCAGCGGCAGCAGCAGCAGCAUCUGCAGCAGGAGAAGGGACAUCGAGGACAUCAAGGGAGGGCGUUGAGGGCACAGUGCGAUGGUUGGAAGCCCAGGCAGCGGUGUGGGAAGGGGCGGAGAGGGAUGCUGCGGAGGAGGACGGUGAGGAGGCCAGGGGAAGGGAAGGACAACCGCUACCGAUGCCGCCAUCCCAGCAGGCCUCAGAACAGGUGCAGCAGGGCGAUUCCAGUUGUACGAAGCAAGGGCGGAGCCUGCUGGUAAAUGCCGGCAGUGAUAGGUCUGGUUCGGACACGCAAACGGGUCAGCGGCAGCAGGACCGACGGCUGUUGUCGUCCCAGCAGCGGCUCUCCGGGGCUGUGGGUCGUGCGGGUGUAGCGAAGUUGCAGUUCGAAGGGGCGAACCAGGUGGUGUAUCGCCUGCCUGGUUUCCUACCGGAGUGAUGACCCAUGGGUCUUUGGGGCGCGUUGUGACUCCUUGAAGCGCACGUUGCUGCUGAGGUAGGGAGGAGGGAAUCAGGGUACCGGCUAGGAAGGUGGCAAGCGCCGAUAGACGCCUUCCUUGAGCUUGUAACAUGCGCCAAGCUGUAAACUGCCAGGGUUCCGCGCAUCGUCAAGUGUGGGAAGCCACGACGCCCCCGGGAGAUUGGCAUGUGGUGUGAUAAGGGUGCGCAGGUGGUGCUGCAGAGACUCCAUCGGAUAUUGUGGCUGCACUUUACGUGGGCACUGCUGGUGUACAUGUGCGUAGGAUCCUAUCACGACAGCAGCGUCGUGAGCUGCGCAUGAGCAUCUUCGUCAGUAUGUGAGACUCCCCUGCCCAUGACCAACACCGGUGGCCCGGCAAGAGCCAUGACCCGCAUAGGGGCGCCCUGGCUUUCACUAGGCAGGUGUCAAAUGAUGUGUUUUCUUUUGGCCGUGCAAGUACCUGUAGGGAGCACCACAUGGUGGUUACAUGCAUGCAGAUCACUUAUGACACUGCAAUCAUGAGCAACACCGGAAAACCGGUUUGUGUGUGUGAUUAACAUGCUACAACCCGUG